AUUUAGCAUGUCGCAAAAAAAUAAACAUUACGACGAAUCGCAGUAGUCAGUGUACAUAAAACAUUCCACGGAGAACAAUAACAGACACUGAAAAAUGGCUCGAGCAACAACCAUCAAGGAAGCACUCCAACGCUGGACCCAGGAAAACGACGGACUCGACCCGACGCAAGCCAAAGACAUUCAGCUGCAAUUUCAAUGGCCUCCGAUAGAGAAAAUGGACGGAACGCUUUCCACGCUAACCGAAUGCGAAAAACUCAGCCUGUCUUCCAAUAUGAUCGAUAAAAUAGUCGGGGUUGGCGGCAUGCGAAACCUGCGUAUUCUUUCGCUAGCACGUAAUUACAUCAAAUCAUUGAACGGAAUUGAAGCUCUCGGGGAAUCACUCGAGGAGCUCUGGGUGAGCUACAAUCUUAUCGAUAAGCUUAAAGGUGUGGAAAGCUUGAAGAAACUCAAGGUACUCUACAUCGGUAAUAAUUCGAUUCGAGAGUGGGGUGAAUUCAAUAAGCUGCAGUCGGUGCCGACCCUGGAGGACUUGCUGUUUGCCGGAAAUCCUUUGGUGGAAAACAUUGACGAAAGUGCCUACAUCCGGGAGGUUCAAAAGCGUCUUCCGGCGUUGAAAAAACUGGAUGGUGAGAAUAUGUUAACGGAUGAAGAUUGAUUCGACUGAAUUUA